UUUUUUUUCAUACUCCUAUAUGUCUUUGUGGUUGAUCCAAUUCACACUUUCUCUCUUCUAACUUAACCUUAACACUAAUCAAGUUCCCAAAACAGACCCUUGAGCUUUCUCUGAAAGCAAGCGAAGGGGGAAAUGGGAUUAGUGUUUUCACGAUUGUUUUCUUCGUUAUUUGGGAACAAGGAAGCUCGGAUCUUAGUUCUUGGACUUGACAAUGCUGGCAAAACAACAAUUCUCUAUCGUCUUCAGAUGGGUGAAGUAGUUUCCACUAUUCCAACAAUUGGAUUUAAUGUUGAGACGGUGCAGUAUAACAAUAUAAAGUUUCAAGUUUGGGAUCUAGGGGGACAGACUAGUAUCAGGCCAUACUGGAGGUGCUAUUUUCCUAAUACUCAAGCUAUAAUCUACGUUGUUGACUCAAGUGACACUGAUAGGCUCGUGGUUGCUAACGAGGAGUUCCACGCCAUAUUGGAGGAGGAAGAGUUAAAGGGUGCUGUCGUCCUCAUCUAUGCUAACAAGCAGGAUCUUCCUGGUGCACUUGAUGAUGCUGCAGUGACUGAGGCCUUAGAGCUGCACAAGAUUAAAAAUAGGCAGUGGGCUAUUUUUAAGACUUCUGCCAUCAAAGGAGAAGGGCUCUUUGAGGGCUUGGACUGGUUGAGUAAUACACUCAAAUCCGGAGGUGGCUAAAUUUUUGUAAACGAUGCAGCAGAUAGACUGUGAAGACAAACAAGAGAGAACUUGGUAUUAAUGUGUGAAUCGAUUUCGGCCUUCAAUUAUUUUUCUAAUUGCCAUAGUUUCUGAUUAAUGCGAACUGCGCGGAUAUAUAAUGUUUAUACUUAUCACAGAUAAUGAGAAUACGAGGCUUUAUUUUGACUUCAUAGAUUACAAUUUACACUU